GGACCUAUCUCGUGUAUCCUUGCGGUGCACGUGUGUUCCCGGAUUCUGGUGGCGGUAGCAAUGGACGCUUUGGAUCGAGUUGUAAAGCCCAAAACAAAAAGGGCUAAGAGAUUCCUUGACAAGAGAGAACCGAAACUCAGUGAAAAUAUUAAAAAUGCCAUGCUGAUUAAAGGUGGAAAUGCAAAUUCAACAGUGACACAAGUACUUAAAGAUGUGUAUGCACUGAAGAAACCGUAUGGUGUUAUGUAUAAAAAGAAAAAUGUUACAAGACCAUUUGAGGAUCAGACAUCACUGGAAUUCUUUUCAAAGAAGUCGGAUUGUUCUUUAUUCAUGUUUGGCUCCCAUAAUAAAAAGCGGCCAAAUAAUCUGGUAAUAGGUCGUAUGUAUGACUAUCAUGUGCUGGAUAUGAUUGAAUUAGGCAUUGAGAAGUUUGUAUCUCUAAAAGAUAUUAAGAAUACAAAAUGUCCUGAAGGAACAAAACCCAUGCUAGUAUUUGCUGGUAAUGAUUUUGAUGCAACAGAGGACUACAGAAGACUAAAAAGUCUUCUUAUUGAUUUCUUCAGGGGCCCCACAGUAUCAAAUAUCCGCCUGGCUGGAUUAGAGUAUGUUCUGCACUUCACUGCAUGGAAUGGGAAGAUUUACCUGCGAAGUUAUAAGUUGCUAUUGAAGAAAUCUGGUUGCAGAACGCCACGGAUUGAGUUGGAAGAGAUGGGACCGUCGCUGGAUCUGGUUCUCAGGAGGACACACCUGGCAUCAGAUGACCUCUAUAAGUUAUCUAUGAAAAUGCCAAAAGCUCUCAAGCCAAAGAAGAAGAAGAAUAUCUCUCAUGAUACUUUUGGUACAACUUACGGAAGGAUUCAUAUGCAGAAGCAAGACCUGAGCAAGCUGCAAACCAGAAAGAUGAAGGGGUUGAAGAAACGGCCUGCAGAAAGAAUACCAGAAGACCCGGAGAAAAGAUCAAAGAGAAUUAAAAAAAAUUGAUGGAACUUAGCUGACAACUAUAGUUUUAUUGUUUUCUGUUUACUUAAGACAGCAUCAAGCUUUAGUCCAGAGUUUUAUAAGAUUUUAUUGUAUAUUUUUUAAAAAACAUAAUUUACUACAUGUUAUUAUGAACAGUAAUGUCCAGUAUUAAGUUUAAGAUAAGCCUCCUACUUGAAAUACUA